AUGUCAAAUAUUUCAGGUGAUGAAGGGAGUUUCUCCUCAGCAAACACUGAUGAAGAAGUUCAUCAAGAAAACGAGCAGCAACAACAGCAAAAUCACCCUCAUGGCUCAAGCGUUGGUGUUUGCAACAGCAAUAGUUCUACUAGUCUACAACAACAACAAGCAACCAAGAAGAAAAGAAACCUACCUGGAACUCCAGAUCCAAAUGCUGAAGUAAUUGCUUUGUCACCAACCACAUUAAUGGCAACAAAUAGAUUCGUCUGUGAGAUCUGCAACAAAGGGUUUCAGAGGGACCAAAACCUUCAGUUGCACCGCAGGGGUCACAAUCUUCCAUGGAAACUGAGGCAGCGAGCAAGCAGUGAAGUCAAGAAACGAGUGUAUGUGUGUCCUGAGCCAUCAUGCGUUCACCACAAUCCAGCUCGUGCAUUAGGAGACCUCACUGGCAUAAAAAAACAUUACAGCCGAAAACAUGGUGAGAAGAAAUGGAAAUGCGACAAAUGCUCAAAAAAAUAUGCAGUCCAAUCUGAUUGGAAGGCCCACCAAAAAACUUGUGGUACCAGGGAAUACAAAUGUGAUUGUGGCACCAUAUUUUCCAGGAGAGACAGCUUUAUCACCCACAGAGCUUUUUGUGACGCAUUAACUGAAGAAAACAACCGAGUGAGCCAAGGAUUAACGAGUGGCAUGACACCAAACAUGCAAAACGAAUUGCCAGACCUUAUGGCUACAAUGCCACCAAGCACUAGUACCAACACUGCAUCUGAAUUCAACAACAACUAUGACCCUAAGAACACACUCAAACCCCUCUCACAAGAACUUAUCCCAAUGCCAUUCAAGCCAAUGAGCAUGGGUGGGGGCAUGUUCUCCACCACUUCUGGUACACUUUUUGGUGGUCCAAAAAACAUGCCUCCCUCUUCUUCAAGCCUUCAACUCAGCUCCAACAACUCACCUGCUUUCAAUUACUUCCAAGAUAGCAAAGACGGUACUGCCUCAGCUCACAUGUCUGCAACAGCUUUAUUACAGAAAGCAGCCCAAAUGGGUGCCACUGCAAGCAAUAGCAUUAACUCUCCCAUGAUGCAGAAAAGCUUUGUUUGUAGCAUGACUGGCCCUGACCAUGUCUCUUCUCCUAGACCACUAUAUUCUGCUGCCAUGCACCACAACAAUUCUUCCUAUGACCAUUUCCAUACACAGCCUGAUCAAUCUCACAUGGCUGGUGUUUGUGGAGGUGGAGCCUUCACCAACCAAAAUUUUCACAAAGGGCAACAAGAUAUGUCUCUAAUAUUUGAUUCCAACACUACAAUGAAUGAUAUGGGAAUGUUCAGCACAAUGUUCAUCGGAAGUGAACACAACCCGGGUUUGAUGAAGAAUGUUGAACAAGAGGUUGGUAGUGGUAGUACUAGUUUGAUUCACAGAAGAAAUGUGGCAGAAGGAAACCAAACGGGGGCAUCAAGGUUUGGAGGUAGUGACACGACAACGGUUCAUGACUUUUUGGGUAUUGGAGGUUCAACUUCAAGGGCAGUGAGUUUGCAUGAACCACAGAAACAGCAGCAACAAAGAUUGGAGUUGGAAGCAUUAACCCACCAGAGAAUGCAAAUUAUGAAUCACUUUCACCACCACCUUCCACAUGGGGAUUCAGCUAUGGAGAAAUCCAUUUGGGAUAUUUGA